AUGGUCGGUGAAUUGUACCCAUCCGCCCCUGACUCGCGAGUCAGGAAGGCGCCAAACCGCCAGUCACGCUCCUGCAAGGUCUGCAGGUCCCGCAAAGUCAAGGCAGAGGAAAUUAAGAACUUGCGGACGGAGAUUCGAGAGUUGAGGGCGAGAAUCGAUGAGAGGCAUGUUGCUGCAGGGGACCAGGAGGAAGAGCUUGAGCGGCUGGACCAGCUUGAGAGCUUAUUUCAGUCUAUUCGUUCUGCCCCACAAAGUGUGGUAGACCAGCUUGUGCGUGAAAUUCGGUCUGCACAUGGCGGCUUGAAGAAAGAUCUGGUCAAAGUAGGGCCCUGGGAGGGCCACGAGGCCUAUGCAGAUUACGAUUACGCGGGUGGUUCUCGCCAAUCCCUUAUACCGAUCAGAAGAAGAAUUGGAGAUUCGACUCCAGAAUUGAAUUUCAACGACCCUCUCUCAGAUGGAGACGACGAAGAUGGCGAUAUGGAAUUGAUGUCCUUGUCCAGCGGAUCGGACUCAGGAUCGUCUGGGAUCAUCUCUAUAAUGAGCAUGCAGCGGCCUGCUGUAGAUAUCUUCGUGGAACGCUUUGUUGAUGCGUUCAGUCCGGAAGUUGACAUCAAAUCCGGCCGAGCAGGAGCACUACGAGCAGCCGCAGAGAUUCGAAUGUUCUCACCACUGAUUACAGAUGCCUUUGAGGCAGUUUCGGUAGCCUUUUUUGGUCGAUCUGUGCAAAACAAGGAAAUUGAAGCCUCGGGCUUUCGGCUGUAUCCGCGUGUUUUACGUGGAUUGCAAGAUGCCUUGAUUGAUCCCGAGCGAUCUAAAUCCGAGGCGACCCUAGUAACAGUGACGCUUCUGCUUGCUUUUGAAAGUGUGGAACGGACUACACAAACUGGUGUCCCAGCCCAUGUAAGAGGUGCAGUGCGCUUGAUUGAGCAUCGAGGACCUGAAAAUCAUAUGUACGGUGUUGAACAUCUUCUCUUCACUGAGCUACGUCCUUAUUGGAUUGGCGGCGCAUUGGCAACAAGGCAGCCUUCAUUUUUGGCUCGAGAGGAAUGGAAAACUAUUCCUUGGUCGGCUGGAACGACCACUAAGGAUAUCCUCCAUCAUUUACUUGAUCUAGCCACUGAAGUACCUGGACUAUUGUACCAGUCUGAUCAAUUCAAAGACGCGAAACUUUCGUCAGUGAUGGGCGCACAAGAAGUUGCGGUCAAACAAACCGCUCUUUGGAACGCAAUCACCGACCUGACGGGUCGCUUCUACCAAUGGUAUCAUGAUUGGGUUGAGUGCUACCCAGACGGUCCCCCAGAAGAGGCCGAACAAACUGGAGCUGAAGGUUUCCCCAUCUUCAAACGACGUGACCUCCGAACGGGUGCUGUAUAUAACGCAACCAAACUCGUAUACCCCAACCUUCUCCUUGCACAAACCAUGUGCGUCUACUAUGCCGUGCGUUUGAUCCUAUCAUCUAUUGAUACGCGCCCCGAGGAUCGAGUCUCUGUUCUAGAGCAAUACGAGCUUGGAUGUGGCAUCUGUCGAACGUAUGAGUUCUAUAUUCUUACGGCUCCCGGAAACAUGAUCAAUCGUCUCGCAUUCCCUACGCGAGUCGCCUGGGAGGCCUUCCCUGAUAAGGGACCCGAGCGAGCUUUCAUGAUCGAAGUACUGAGCUUGGUGGAACGGCGUCAUUCAUUGGGUCUCUGGGGCAGUACUAUGUCCGAGAUCUCUACUCAUAAAGACUCACCGCUCAACAAUGGCUCUUGA